AAUAAAGGAAACUUUAUAUACUAAAACUAAGAGUCAUUCAAUAAGAAACGCAAUCUAAAUUGAUCUACAUACUGAAAAAUUAUCUACAAAUUUUUUUUCGGACAUUUGAUGCAAAGUCGAGAAGGAAAAAUAUGUCUACAGAAGAGCUGCCAGCUGAUUUAGAUAAACUGAAAAUAACAACAAAAAUGGAACACACAAAAUUAUGUGAUAGAAAUCCAUUUUAUAGCCCAAACGUUACAUUUAGGAGUGAGAAUAUUUUAGCACCUAUGCAAAGUACAAAGCAAAUAAUUCAUUGUAAGACGCGGAGGAUCCGUCGAAGUUCAGAGAGCAAUAUCGAUGAUUUCAAUAAUAAACAGUUGGAUUCUCCAGUUGCUGCUACUGCAGAUAGUUUUGAAAUUUGUGUGAGUCCUCUAAGAUUUCUACCCGGGGUGAAUAAACUUCAGUUAAAACGAAGCAAUAUUACGCCAUCGAAAAGAAAUAUGGUCCGUGAGCCUGUACUACGAAUCACACACGACAAUCUACAUACGAAAUGUGGUUUUGGUACCCGUAUUCGUCGCUCGAUUCCACUAAAUUUAGACGAAAGAAAUCGCGCUAGUUUUCAUAAACCACGAGUUAACAUAAAUAUUAAGUCAAGUAUACACGGUAUUUGUAGCUUUCGGGAUUUGAUAAGUGAAUGCAAUAUCUUGCUCGAUGAAUCUAAAUCUAAGAAGGAAACUACAGACAACAUUCAUAUGUCAAAAAAUUUCAUAACAUGUCAGCAACGAGGGACAUCAACUUUAAAAGCAACGGACAAAAAUAGCGAUAUUACUGGAGAUGAGCAGGCAUUUAUCAAUCGUGAUCAAUGCAGCAAUACCUCCGUCACCAGCUUCAGCUCGAAUUCUUGCUCCCGACUUUCAUGUUCCCAGGAAGCGGGCAACAGUGGAGCAAGCCCGAGAAAUUGUGACGAUGUCACCAUAGUAGAGUUGGCUAGCUAUUUCGACACCAUGGUGCAUAUUCCUAAGAAGAUGUCCUCAAUGGCUGAAAUGAUGUAUAUUUAAGAAAUUGGCGCUG